AUGAAAGUUGCAUGUCUUCAGUUUAAUCCUAUACUUGAACAAGUAGAAAGAAAUCAAAAUUUUGCCUCCGAAUUACUCUCGAGUUAUGGUCCAGGUGAAAUUGAUAUUUUGUUACUUCCAGAAAUGGCCUUUACAGGAUACGUUUUCACCAGUAAGGAUCAUAUAAGACCAUAUCUAGAAGAUGCAGAAACUGGCACCACAGUUCAAUGGGCAAGAUCCCAAGCAACAAGAUUACAAGCGUUUGUUAUGGUAGGAUAUCCUCAAAUAAUUAAAGGAAAACCAGAUAAAUAUUACAACAGUAUUUGUUUAGUUGGUCGAUCCGGUGAACUUAUCACAACAUAUCAGAAAACACAUUUAUACGAGACUGAUGAGAAUUGGGCUGAGGAAGGCCCAGGAUUCAAAUCAUUACACAUACCUACAUUAGGAAAGGUGGGCUUAGCAAUUUGCAUGGAUCUGAACCCUUAUAGAUUCCAGGCUCCAUCAUCUGAAUUUGAAUUGGCUCGUUUUCAUCUACGAGAAAAAAGUAAAAUCAUACUAUGCUCAAUGGCUUGGCUGAAAUCAAGUGAAUGUGUCAACAGUGAAUUGUUAUUGGAUAGUUAUGAUGAACCAAUCCAUGAUACUUCAAAUAUGAGAUAUUGGUGUUAUAGAUUACUACCAUUAUUUAACGAUGAGGCUUUACAACAAAAUGAUGAUGCUAAUAAUACUAGAGAAUCUGAAAAUGAUAAAGUGUUUAGUGUUAUAAUAUUAUCACCAAAUACUUCAGCUGAAUUAUUAGGAGCAUUGGAAGUUAACGAAGAAAAUGUCCUUGUGCUUCCUUCACUUUCCAGAGCACAAAAACCCAACAAAAGGAAAAAAUCAGACAAUUUAUGGCCUUUACGAAUGCAAGUUCAAUAUUAUAAUAAAACAAUUAGUGAAAAAGUUUCUCAAAAAAAAUUAAAAGAAUUCAAUUGGAAUGUCGAAGUAGCUGUAGACGAUUAUUUUAAUAAUCAACCUAGCACCAUCACUUGGAGAGGCUUAUCAACUUCUCAAAGUUUGAGUUCUGGAAUAGAUUUAAGAAAACUUGAAGAUGUAUUUAACAAGUACAUAGAUAGGGAUGAAGGCAAUGAUAGGGAUAGAAAAGGAGUAAUUUCAGUGGAUGGAGUAAUAAAAUAUUGUAAUGAUUUGGGAGUUGACCCUGAAGAUGUUGUUAUGUUGGUCAUGGCUUGGCAUCUUAAAGCAGAAAAAAUUGGUGAAUUUAAAUAUGAAGGAUUUAUUGAGGGUUGGUCGAAACUAAGAUGUGAUACACUUCUAAAGAUGCGAGCAGCCAUACCUAGUCUUAGACAAACCCUGAAUGAUGAUCUUAAAUUUAAAGAAAUUUAUCAAUUUACUUUUAAAUUUGGAUUAGGAGAAAAUCAAAAAUCAUUGAGCCUUGAUGUAGCAACUGAAUUCUGGAAAUUAUUAUUGAGAGAUCAUUGGCCACUUCUUGAUAUCUGGAUAGAAUUUGUUAAGGAAAAACAUGGUAAAGCAAUCUCAAAAGACACUUGGAAUUUGCUGCUGGAAUUUGUCAGACAAAUCAAUGAGGAUUUAAAUAAUUAUGAUACAGAGGGAGCUUGGCCGGUUCUCAUUGAUGAGUUUGUAGAGUAUGCCAGAGAGAAAUUGAAGAUAUCGGCUCCUCCAGUUCUUUAA